CGAGUCCCGGCCGCAGCAGCGUGGGCCAGGCGGUCAGGAUGUCCCAGGAGAGCCUCCUCGGGAUGGACGAGGGAGCGCUGCGGAAGCUACUGGAGGCCACACUGGACCUGGCUGAGCGGCGCCGCAUCCGCUCGGCUAUCCGGGAGCUGCAGCGGCAGGAGUUGGAGCGGGACGAGGAGACGUUGGCAUCCAAGCGCUUCCGCCCAGAACGCAGCAGCCGUCGACAGGACGACAAGGAGAACUGGCCACAGUCCCAGCGCCUGGAAGAGCAGCAGGCAGCCCUGACUGCCUUGUCUGAGCAGCUCGAAGCCAUCACCAGUGUGGAGGAACUGACAAAACUGCUGCGGGCAGCGGGUGAGUAUGAGGAGCGCAAGCUGAUCCGAGCUGCCAUCCGUAAGCUGCGGGCUGAGGAGAUUGAAGCUGCGACCCUGGCUGGAAAUGUGCAGAGCAGCCAGAGGGAUGGCAGCAAGAGUCCCCCCACUGUGCCUGGGGAAACGAAAAUUGUCCAGAGGGACAAUGCUGAAACACCGGCCCUUACUGGGAGUGAAGAGAGCUGUGGUGAGGGCAGCACCAAGCUUCCAGGCACAGACAAGAGCGGGGAGAGCAGCCAGCAGGAUGUUGCAGAGCCAGCACUGGCUGGGCCAGAGGAGAGUGGAUACAGGGAGGCUGUGGAGCAGACCCCUGCCCAGGAGCCCAAAGGCUCAACGGCCCACAAGCAAGAGGAUGUGGUGGAGCAGGAGCAUGUCCGAGCUAGGAGGCCCGAGCUGUGCAGCCAGCAAGCGGGAGACCCCCAGAAACCCAGUGCUCAGGGGACCCUUGUGCUCCUGGAGCUGCAGCCAACCCCAGAGCCCAAUCCAGAGCCUGAGGAUGGUGGUGAGGACCUGCAGCAGGGCCAGCCCCAGGGGCAGCCCCAGGCAGCCUGGAAGGAAGGAAACCUGGGUAGUUCUGCCAGCACCCCAGAGCCCAGUGUGGCACAAAGCCCCAGAGGGGAGCAACUCAUCCCAGGCCAGCCCAGUGCUGGCAGCCAGCUUCAUAUUGGAGUGCACUGCCAGGUGCUGGGGCCAGGUGGGAGACAUGAGAGGCCAUCAGUGGCAUCAGUGCCCACUCAGGAGGUAAUGGGGACCCCGGCUCGCCUGAAUACUCACCGGUGGGAGCUGGCGCCCUCCUCCCUUUGCCUUGCUGGCCCCACGGGUAAGAUCCUAGUAGGGGGCUGCCUCCAUCCUCUGCUUCUCGGUGGCGGGAUGUCCCUGGUGGAGCCUGGGCAGAGGGAGCCCCGCACGGCCCCGCCGGCGCCCGCUCAAAACGCGCGGGGCAGCGGCGGCGCAGAGCAGCGCCCGGCCCCGCGCCCCGCCGGAUCCCGCCUCGACGCCAUGAAGACUUUCUUCACCAUCGAGAUCAAGGAUGGGCGCGUGCAGCCUCUGGCGCCCCGCAUCACGGCCGCCCCCGGCAGCCAGCGGGCAGAGGUGACUCUGGGUCUGCGGAGCACCCCCAUCCGUAUCACCACCAUCCCCAGCAGUGUCAGCAGCAUCUGCAACAUCAGCAGUGUCAGCAGCGAUGUCACCAAGGGCAGUGAACAGCUGAGCAGGCCUCGCCGCAGCGCCUGCACUGCCACCAUGCCGGGGCUCAGCUUGGAAGGGCUGGCGCAAGCUGGGGCGGCUGAGCUGGCAGAACUGCGGCAGGAGCUGGUGGCGUUCCGGGGGGCAGCAGAGGGGCAACUGGAGUGGGCUCUGCAGCGAGUGCAGACGCUGGCGCAGGCACUGCAGACAUUGGAGCAGGAGCACUUGGAGUUGCGGGCAGAGCUGGGGCGUCUGGGCCGCCGCCUUGAUCUGCUGGCACCAGGGCUGCAGACGCCCCCCGGGGAGGACAUCAGCACCCUCUUUCUGGAAGCACAGGACCCUUGCGCCCACUUUGAGGGCACUGAGGAGCCCAGUGGCCCUGUGGCCCAUCCACCCACUUUCUCCAGUACACGCCAGCAAUCGGCCCUGCAUCUCUCCCGAAGCAACAGCAGCAUGGAGCCGGAGGUGGUGGAGCAGCACCAGGCACCAAGGCGAGAACCAGAGCUGACAAACGGCAUGGAGAAGGUGCAAGUGAGGGAGGUGGAGAAAAGGAGCAAGCUAAAUGUCGAGGAGCUGAGCAAGAUUGAGGAUGAGGAUGUUCUGGAUAAGAUGCUGGAUCGGACAACAGACUUUGAGGAGCGACGGCUGAUUAGAAAUGCCAUGCGGGAGCUGCGCCAGCGCAAACGAGACCAGCGGGAGAAGGAGCGAGACCAGCGGCUGCAGGAGGCUAGGAGCCAAUCUGUGGCAGGAAGGGCUGGCCACGCCACAGAGACCACCACCAGGCAGAGCACUCAGUCAGCCGAUGGCUCGGCAUGCAGCACCAUCACCAAGACUGAGCGUCUUGUCCAGUCUAGUGAUGGCACCAAGACUUCCCAUACUACAACCAUGGAGUCGAGUUAUGUGAAGAGAUCAGACAAUGGCAACAGCACUUUCGUUCAAACAAAAUCAUCCUACAGCUCCUCAUCCAAAAAGACAGGCAGCAUUUUUGACCGUGAGGAUGAGAGUGCUUCUCGGCAGAGCAGCCUGGCCGCACUGGAGCGGCGUCAGGCAGAGAAGAAGAAGGAACUGAUGAAAGUGCAGAGCCUGCCCAAGACAUCAGCCUCACAGGCACGCAAGGCCAUGAUGGAGAAGCUGCAGAAAGAGGGUGGGAGUUCAAACCCUGCAGCAUCACAGACCACUGUGCAGCGCUCUUCCAGCUUUGGCGUGCCAAAUGCCAACAGUAUCAAACAGAUGUUGCUGGACUGGUGCAGAGCCAAGACCCGAGGCUAUGAGCAUGUGGACAUCCAGAACUUCUCAUCCAGUUGGAGUGAUGGCAUGGCCUUCUGUGCCUUGGUCCACAAUUUCUUCCCUGAUGCAUUUGACUACAGUAAGCUGACACCCCAGAACCGCCGCCAAAACUUCGAGGUGGCCUUCUCUUCUGCAGAGAAGCACGCGGACUGUCCACAGUUGCUGGACGUGGAGGACAUGGUCCGGAUGCGCGAGCCAGAUUGGAAGACGCUGGUGGACUGCGUGCCGCUGGUGGAGGUCGAAGACAUGAUGAUCAUGGGGAAGAAGCCUGACGCCAAGUGCGUCUUCACCUACGUGCAGUCCCUCUAUAACCACCUCCGUCGCCAUGAGUUGCGCAUGCGGCAGAAAGAGUGCUAGAGCCUGCCCUGCCUGCCUCCACUGCUGCUCUCACCCCAGAGCUGCCUGUGGGCAGGAGAGCUGCUUGCCUGGGAGGGUCUGGGGGGCCAUGGGUCUGGCACUGGGGAAGGAGAACUCUUCCACCAGGGUACCCCCACACCUCUGCCUUGGCAGAGCUGCUUCUGCCUUGGCCAGCUGUAGGCUGACCCUGUGGGCAGAGCCAGGUGGGUGUUGCUGGAGGUGCUCCCACCUUGGCUUGCCCCCCAUGCUCCAGCCUUUUAAGUUAUUUGUUCUCCAGGAAUUAUUUGUCCUGCAGGCACCAUCCCGAUGUCUCUGGGGUGGCCUGGGCACAGCUAUGCAGUUCAGCCAGGGUCAUAGUACAUCCAGCAGGCAGCAUCUGUCAGUGGUUCCCUUGGCCCUCUGCAAGGCAGCCUCUCUGCCCACUGCAGGCCCUACUUGGUGUCACCUCCCUGGGGACAGCUCCACAACCGUGCCAACACCCUGCUUCCCACUUCCACGUGCACCUGGGGCACUUCCACACUGGGAGCACCUAUGGGCUGGGGAGGAGGCAGUGGCAAGGGGUCCCAGGGGAGUGCAAGGCAAAUAAAGCAAGCUGGGACAACUACCCCCACUCUUCUCUCCAGCUCAGGGCACCCACGUGCUCAGCGCUGCUCGCCCCUCUGUCACAUUUCUACACCCGCGGUGACAUGUGUACCAACACUAGCCAGACAAUAAAGGUUUAUCUAGGGAA